ACCUACUUACUCAUGAAACUUAAAGAAUCAAAGGGGGUUUUUCAAUUAAACCCACCAUUAUUAAUCGAAUUUAUAUUCAUCAUGGCAGCGUUACCCAAGAGAAUCAUAAAAGAAACCGAACGAUUAGUAUCAGACCCGGUUCCGGGAAUAACAGCCACCCCGUCCGAAGACAACUUACGAUAUUUCCAAGUAACAAUUGACGGACCAGAAUCAUCUCCUUAUUCUCAAGGUAAAUUUGAAUUAGAAUUAUACUUACCAGAUGAUUAUCCAAUGUGCGCACCAAAAGUUCGUUUUAUUACUAAAAUAUAUCAUCCAAAUAUUGAUAAACUAGGUAGAAUCUGUUUAGAUGUAUUAAAAGAUAAUUGGUCACCGGCAUUACAAAUCAGAACCAUUCUAUUAAGUAUUCAAGCAUUGUUAGGAGCUCCAAAUCCUGACGAUCCUCUAGCCAAUGAUGUCGCCGAAGAUUGGAAGAAAGACGAAAAACAAGCCAUAAAAGUUGCCCAAGAAUGGACUGAAAAGUAUGCCGUCAAGUAAUAGCCAUCUCCUCUUAUAUAGUAUAUCUUCAUAUACAAUCUAUACAAUAAUCUAUAUAUACAAAUAGCUACGUCACACGACUCCAAUACAUUUGGCUUAAGCGAACAAAACAAACAGUAAAUAAAC